CCUCAUCACUAGGUUCAGUUGCCUCACGUCACUUGCGAUGUAAACUCUUUACAUACUUUUUAUACAUUUUUUUUUAUUUUUUUCGUUACAUACAGACAGAAAUUAACAUAAUUACAACUUCGAUAAAUUUUUAAAACGUGACUACAGUAAAUUAAAAUAUAAAAUUAUCUGUGAUACGAAUUUAACCUAAUUUAAUUGUCAAAAAUACCUAAUACACAUAGAAGUUUGUAAAGUUUUUAAAAAAUUAUUUUCGAAAUGAGUUUAUUAGAAAAAGAAUGGUACAUACAGGUUCCUUGGGGCCGGAUGUGCGUGGUGGCUUGGGGCGAUUGCUGCAAUCCCCCGGUUCUGCUCUGCCAUGGCCUAGCAGACUCCGCGACCAGCUUCCGCCCUCUAAUCAAAUUGAUGCCCGAGAAAUUUUAUUUUAUAGGCAUAGACCUCCCGGGCUGCGGCAAGUCGGACCGGUUCCCGCCGGGCCUGAUGAUCAACAUAUACGAUCUGGUGUACGCUGUGAACGCGGUCGCGAAGCAUUUUCGUUGGGACGCUUUUAAUCUGGUCGGCCAUUCGCUCGGCGCCAUCAUCGGUAAAUUAUAUAAUCUCGUCUACCCCGGAAAGCUGACGAAACUCAUCGAAAUAGACCCAAUUAAUUUCUACGCUGUUCCGCCGGAGAAAUUUCCUAAAUGGUACAAGAAACAUUUCAUAGAUUAUUAUGAGCAAUAUGAUAAAUUGAACGCUCCCAGAAGCAAAGGAAAGGUGACGACAGUUAAGGAGGCAAUAGCGGUUCUAAGGAAAGAACGAGGCUUCUCCGAAGAAUUGGCAAUGGAAGCCUUGAAGCGAUCAGCUGAACCCGCCGGCGAUGGACUCCUUAGAUACACAGACGACAUGCGUCUCAAAUACGUGACUACGCCCGCAUUCUCGGCGGAGCACAUGAAGACCUUAUUCGGCUCCACCGAUACACAGACGUUGAUAAUAAAAGCGGAGAACUCAUACAAGAACGGCCUAUAUCGGAACACCGGCUUCCUCUUGGACGAGAAGACGUAUCCUUCGAGGAACGUCAGGGUCCGGAGCGUUCCGGGCGAUCACAACGUCCACGUGACCUGGCCUAGGAACGUAGCCUUCUACAUGGCCCUGUAUCUGUUGUACGGAGCCGAAGGAUUAAGCAACAAAGCAAAAUUGUGAUGUUGAGCUCGCAUUGUGUUUUGUUGAUAUAAUGGUACCCAGUCGUAGUGGAGAUUUCGGUUUUAAUUCGAUGAGUCAAUCUUUGGGAAUAUACAAGGGGUAUAAGCUUGGCUCUUCGCAUUCGCAUGUACCGAUUUUCGAUUGUGCAAUUAUAGAGUUUGGAGGGUAUUUAAUAAUAAUAAUUAUUAUUAUUAGGUUAGGGGUAUAAUACAGAAGGCAAUUAUCCUCGAUACUGCGCGUAUUGCGAGAAGGUUUUUUCACUCUGGAGUCCUAACCACUGGUGGCUUGUGUCGUAGACACCGCCAUCAGCGGCAAUCUAUUUUUAUAUAGUGUUUUCUAAAAGUUGUAUUAUUAAUAAUAUCUUUUUAAAAAAACGUGUAUAAUUCAUAAGAUUUUAAAUAAGUAUAGACUAUGAUAAUAUAAUAAUUGAAAUUGUUAGGGCAGUCAAAUCCGUCUACCCUCUUUUUUGUCAAUUUUCUGUAUAGGAAGGAAGUAAGGAGCGCCAUUUCAAAGUAUUAAAAGUGUCCCGUGAAGGGAGUAAAUCAAGGUGGCGCCAUAGUACAAUAAUUAUAUGAAAUACCAUAGUAGCAAUAAUGGAUGGAUUGCGUGAAACACUAUAUUAUUGAGAUUAUGUUGAUAAACAAGAAUUCUUUGAACUAUACGUUUUAUUUUUAUAAAUUAAUUCACACGCGUUUACACACCGCAUACAAGAUGGCAAGAAGGAAGGAUGUACAAAAGUGGCGGCAUCUGGCGUUACUCUAUAAAUAAGAGCAGAGCAUACAGCCUAAAAUUAAUAAAAUUUUAUCCAAUAUAUAUGUGUAAGAUGGGAGUGAGCGAAGCAAUGGUAUAUAGAGGAGUAUGGAAGGAGAAAACAUGUUGCGCCGACUCCAGGUGACUGGGGAAGGGCAGGAGAAUGAUGACACAUAGUAGCAAUAGUGGAAAAAAUUGAAAAAAAAGCGCCAUAAACUUUAACAGUAGGCUCCUAAAUUAAGAAGGAAAGAAACACUUUCUUUCUUUCUUGCUGUUUACAGGUAGAUACUUUUUCAACUUGUCCCCUAUACAAGAUGGCGCUCCUUACUUCUACCCUACUUUCUAGAAAUACAAGUCUUAGCGGUGGCGGUAGUUAAAAAAAAGUAGUUUCUUUUAGUGGAUUAGAAAGUGAAUUAUGUUAUUAGGGAAUUCGAAUUAAAGAUACGUUCGAUGGAUGAAAAAUUCAUUCCCCCGGUAACCGUACUCGUCGAACUCGACAAAGAGGUCGACGUGCAACCUAACCCAUACAUCAGCCCGCUGAGUUUCUCGCCGGAUCUUCUCAGCGGGUCGCGAUUCCGAUUCGGUAGUAGAUUCAUUCGCGAAGCAGCUGCUCUUGAGUUGUUAGGUCUCCUUUGGAGGCGCUCGGGCAGCUGUUAGCAAAUCCCACCCUCCUGGCUGAGCCUUUGCUUGCCCCCCUGUCCUGGUGAAACUGGAAAGGCCUCAGAGCCGAGUUACUGGUGGUAGGACCUCUUGAGAGUCCGCGCGGGUAGGUACCACCGCCCUGCCUAUUUCUGCCGUGAAGCAGUAAUGCGUUUCGGUUUGAAGGGUGGGGCAGCCGUUGUAACUAUACUGAGAUCUUAGAACUUAUAUCUCACGGUGGGUGGCGCAUUUACGUUGUAGAUGUCCAUGGGCUUCAGUAACCACAUAACACCAGGUGGGCUGUGAGCUCGUCCACCCAUCUAAGCAAUAAAAAAAAAAGAUUCAUUCGACGAAUUAUGUAUGCGCUCGACACUUGUCCGUUCUUAUAUAUGAACGAGGGAAAGGGAAUUAGUCGUCCUCCUGGCUGAGCCCUUGCUCGCCAACCUACCCUGGUAAUACUGGAAAGACCUCCGGGCCGCCAGUAAUCUCUCAAACAUAAAAAAGAAAAUAUUCGUGGCGAGUGUCAAGUUGAAAUAUAGAUUAUUAUUAUAUCGCGCCUUUAGUAUUGAAGGGGCUUAUUAAUACGAAAAUUUUUAUUUUUUUGGUAAACCCCAAAAACGUUAUAGAAGAAUUAUAAUUUUUCAGAUUCGUUUUUAAUGCUUUAAGCCUUAAAGCGCAUACCUUAAAGUUCAAGGUUGAUUUAAAGACGACGGAAAGUGUAAAUCGGGCGGUAAUUACGAACUACUUUUAAUACCCAGAUUCAUUUUCGCCACACGAUCAUCUCACCGAUAUUAGAUUGUGUUCAAUGUGAGAAUAAUAAUUGUGUAACAGAUUCUCCAGAGAAAUCCCACCCGAUAUUAAUAUAAAACAAAUUCCUUUGCCUAUUUAUUUUACCUAUAUUUUAUAUAUAGAGUAAUUUGAUUUUAUUUAAGAUCGGGAAGAAGCGCUCGGCAAGUAAAUUAACACACAGAUACAGCCCAGAGUUUCUUGCCGAACCUUCUCAGUGGGUCGCGUUUCCGAUCCGGUGGUAGGUUAUGCGAAGCACUGCUCUUGCUAGGGCCAGUGUUAGCAACGUCGUCAGGUUAGAGCCCCGUGAGCUCACCUACUCGCCAGGUGAAUCUAGUAUAACCCCUCGAGGUAACUAGAAUAGGUGGGAAAAAUUUAAAAAAAAAUGCAAAAAAAAAAUUGGCUCCAGUAACCACUUAACACCAGGUGGGCUGGGAGCAGGUCCACCCGUCUAAGCAAUAAAAAAAAAAAGUUCUACACUUGAUAUUUAAUAAAAGGAAUUGUUUGGAAUAGUAAGUCUUAAUUACUGUCACUAUGGAAGGCAAUGACAAUAAUGAUCAGAAUGGCGUUAGGGACGCUGACGUCAACAUUAUAAAAACACAAUGGAAUUAGUCUCUACGUCAUAUGGUCGUUGUCAAACCAAAAUCUGCUAUGUGCACUUUUUGAGAUUUUUCCUUUUUGACCUUUUCGUAUAGUUCACAGCCCUAUAUCUACCGUAUAAAAAAAUCUGUUGAGUGUCUAUCUAUAGCUUUAAUAUUGAAGUUAUACUUCUUUAGGCGCGUUAUGAAAAAUUGAUGAGAGUGAAAUUUUACGAUGCGCGCGCACCGUGACACAAAAUUAACAGAAAUGAAGUUGCCCACUAAAUCGCUCAUUACAAUACGACCGACGUAACUUGGCGAGUCUGAAUAUAGCCGCAGCUGAACUUUCGUGCAUGUACACUCGUAAAAAAAGUGUUAUUAGCAUUCAUUUUUUAGUAAUAUAAAUUAUUAUUAUUAUUUAAUAUAAUUCAUACUAAAUAUUAUUAAAUUAUUAACGUUAAAUAUUAAUUACGUAAUAUUAAAAAAAAAUAAAAAAAAAAUAAAGAAUAACUUCUUACGCGCGUACAUAAGUACACGGACCUUUUUUUGUUAUUUAUCUAUAGCUUUUAUUUGAUACAGUUCUUACAAAUUCACCUUCAUAUAAAAUUUUAUAUGAAAAUGUUUUUACUCGUUAAUUCAAAAUAGAACUUUUGCACAUAGCAGAGAUUUUGGUUUGACAGCGACGAUAUUAAGUUGAAAUAUGUAAACACGAGAUUGGAGCAGUUCUCGGUAGUCAAUCAAUGACGGGGUAUUAGUUUAAGAAUAACAAUAAUUACCCAUACACUAUUUAUUGUAUACAUACACAUUUUAUUGUUAAGUUUGAAUCAACAUGUCGAGAGGGGUGAGAGGCUAAGGGGGCUAAGGGAGAGGUUUAAACUACAUUUUUGAAACUUCACAAGAGAGCCAUUUACAAUUUAAGCAUUUAAUAAAAACUAGUGGUCCCGCAUUAGUCGAAAUUCGACUUUAAUUAAUUGAAAUUAUCAGUUUGGAACACUAUUAUGGAUCUGUUGUCAAAGACUAUUAAACUUCUAUAAUCACAGAUUUCACCAAGACUAUAGACACUAUAGACAAAUAAUAUUGUACAGACAUAGGUAAUCAUUAAUAAAGCCAUGCCGCGACCAACACGAUCAAAUCUUUCCCGACGAAGCCGUAAUGCAGCUAGGAUUCGAAACAUUGCGAGUGAAAGGACUAAAGAAGAACAAGAAAAUAUAAUAAUAAUAAUAAUAACUAAAAUACAGGGCCAAUAAAGAAUCAUUAAAAUACUUGCUUUUUUAAUUUACAUUAAUUGUCCAAAUAAAAAAAAUGAUCUUGAUAAAACAAAGUUCUGCUCAUUUAUUGCCUCUAAGGCGGAACAAAGUUCGCCGGGUCAGCUAGUUAAAGAUAAACAAUAUUAACCUAUUUUCAAUUUGACCACAGACUAAGAAAUAACAAAAGUUUGACAGUAAACAAAGAGUAUACAUAUUGUGUGUGUGUGUCAAAUUCAUGGCAGUGUGUGUAAUGUUUUCUUUAUUGAUUUAAUGUAAUAUUAAUACAUAAUUUCAAUAAAAUAUUAGCAUUGUGCACUUCUUCUCUAUAUUCUCUAUAAGUGUGGAAAAUUUCAUACUCCUCCGUCCGCGCAAUUUUCGUAAAAAGGGAUACAAAGUUUUUGCUUCACGUAUUAAUAUAUAGAUCUAAUCUUCACUGGUGGUAGGACCUCUUGGGAGUCCGCCACCCCGCCUAUUUCCGCCGUGAAGCAGUAAUGCGUUUCGGUUCGAAGGGUGGGGUAGCCGUUGUAACUAUACUGAGACCUUAGAACUUAUAUCUCAAGGUGGGUGGCGCAUUUACGUUGUAGAUGUCUAUGGGCUCCAGUAACCACUUAACACCAGGUGGGCUGUGAGCUCGUCCACCCAUCUAAGCAAUAAAAAAAAAAAAAAAAAGAUAUCAGAACACAAAAAGAAAAACUCAGCCAUUUGAAUGGAGUAAACUUAAUUGAAGUUCAAUUAAAAAUAUCUUAUAUAUAAACUGUUGAUGCUAAUACCAAAUAAAACGAACCUUUAAUUACAAAGAAUGAAUGUCUGGUAUUAAGCGAAAUGUCAUUUAAACCAAGUAGCUUUUCACCCCUCAGCGCUCGGAAUUAAAUUUCAUCUAAGAAUAUUUAAGUGAAAUACAAGCUUAUAACGUAUAAUAACAAUACAGAAUAUAAUUUAAAAAAUAAUAUUAUAUGUAUUUUAAAUAAUAAUAAAAAGAACAAACAAACACACAUACACGCGCCUUUAGAAUUGAAGUGGGUUAACUAAAACAUUUAAAAAAAAAAUUGUUUCAUAUGAUCUGAAUGUCUUAUAAACAUGUAUACUAACAGUUCAUAAAGUUAAUAUUAAUUUAAAAAUAAAUCUUAUAAAAUAAAAAGUGCACUUUAAAAGGCUUAAAGUAUUGAAAUUGAAAAUGAAACUCAAAAAUUACAAUUCUUCAAUUACAUUUUUGGCGCUUUCCAAAAAAACAAAAAAGAAAGUAGCCAUUUUAAUUCUAAAGGUGUGAUAUUUGUAUACCAACCAACCUAUUAGCGUAUUUCAAAAAUUACUUAUGUAACUAAGAGACCUUUACGAAGAUAAAAUUCGCUAUCGACACAAAGAAGACUUGUGUGUAAGUUAUUUUGUGUAUUUUUUUCGUCACUGAACAUAUCACAUUUAAAAAAAUGUGUGCAAUUCAUACGUGGUUGAAGUGAAACCUUCAAAAAUUAAAAUACAAUUAUCGUAAAUGUCUAAGUAUAUGUAAAAUUUUGUCAUUAGUAAAUAAUUGCAAAUUAUCUUUUAUAGUAUGAGGUAGCGCCCUCUGUGAAUUGAUAUUUUAACUUCACGUAUAAUCCUAAAUUAAAAUUCACUACAAGAGGUUUCACAUACACGUUAGUAUUAAAAAAAUCUCAUAGAUGGCGCUGUAUUAAAAAAAAACAACACUGAGAACGUCUAAUGUGUUCUAUCUCAUUCUCUCGGCGGCUGAAUCCUAUACAUUUAUGUGUUUGCGUCUCUAUGGACUUAUUUUUUCGUUUCAUCGAGUUUGAAAUCACAACGAUUCUAAAGAAGUUUCACUUCAAAAAAAACAAUUGCAAAUAUAACACGCCGUUGUAACGUUUUCAUUACGUUAAAACUCAUCAUCAACGAGCAAUGAACAAUAAAUUAAUUAUUAUGUUAAUUAUUAAUAUUCGAUUCUCGUCAUUUGUGGGUAGUUGGUUAAUUAUUUGUCCCUUAAGUGUACGGUGAUAAUUUUGAAUAUAGCAUUUAUUUUCUGUUGA